AUGGGAUCAUCCAGAAGAAGUUUGAAGCUUGGAUCGUCAAAGAAGAAGAAGACUACGAGGAGGGCAAAAGAAAAUCUCUUAGACCUUCCCUACGAUCUAUUACUACUGGUAAUUUCUUUUCUUCCAUUGAAAGACAACAUUCGUGCUUCUACUGUUUGCAAGAAACUGCAGGAAGCUUGUGUUUCUGUUCGAGUGGCGGAUAAGUCUCCUUGGCUUAUCUACUUCACCAAAACAGAUGAUGGAUCCUAUGAACUAUAUGACCCCUCAAUGCAGAAAAGCUACAAUCUUGAGUCCCCUGAAAUAACCGGUUUUCGGGUUUGUUACUCUAAAGAUGGUUGGUUACUCAUGUACAAUCCCAAUACACAACAACUCCUCUUCUUCAAUCCGUUUUCCCGUGAUCGCAUACCCGUGCCUUCGCUUUGGAUGGGAUAUGAUCAACGAAUGGCUUUCUCUUGUGCUCCUACAUCAGCUAGUUGUCUCUUGUUUACUGUUGUCACUGAUGUCACUUUGAAGAAAAUUACCGUCAAGACAUGUUCUCCUAAUGCUAAAGAGUGGACAACUACUAUAUUCAGGGAACGAUUACCGCAAAACUUUGACAGUUUCGAGCGGAUUCUCUUUGCAAAUGGUGUCUUCUUCUGCCUCGCGGAAAGCGGUUGCUUAUCGAUCUUUUGCCCAUCUUCGAAAACUUGGAGUGUUCUUCCCGGUCGAGCUCCCAAAGAUAUUGGAAACACCGGAUGCUUCAUGACAGAACACCAAGGAAAGAUCUUUCUCAUUUACACGUACAACCACAUGAGCCCAACAGUGCUUAAACUUGAAGAUACAAGAUUGGAAUGGACUGAGAUGAAAACACUGGGAGGCUUGACGAUCUACGCUAGCCCUUUGUCAUCUGAAUCGAGAGCCGAGCAGAAUCAGCCGAGUGGAAUAAAGAACUGUUUGUGUCUCUCUGUGUUCCAUGGAUUCAACAAGACUUGCAUAUACUAUAAUGUUGGUGAAGAGAGUCUGAUUUUCUUCAAGUGGAAGAAACAUGAUCCGUAUGGGAACAUCUGGGUCAUGCCACCACUCAACCUACUUGAUCUCCCCUUUGUUUGA